AUGGCUUCACUCAAGAAAUUAGGUUCGGUUCCCACCCUUACCCAGCUCUACCGAAUUGGGAAGGUGCGCCCAUCGAGCCAGAACAACCUCCCUCCCCCGAAUCAAGCCCUUAACGACAAGAUCUGUACGGUCCAAUACGACAUCACUAAGCUCGAGGUCGACACUAUCGUCAAUGCAGCAAAUCGCCGACUCCUCGGAGGUGGUGGUGUAGAUGGUGCCAUUCAUCGUGCAGCUGGUCCGAGCCUCUACGACGAAUGCAAGACCCUAGGAGGUUGCGAGACGGGCUCUGCAAAGAUCACCGACGCCUAUGACCUGCCCUGCAAGAAGGUCAUCCAUGCUGUCGGCCCUGUCUAUGAUACUAGAGCAGAAUCAGAACCUCUAUUGAAAGGCUGCUACAGAACUUCUCUACAACUUGCAGCUAAAAAUGAUUGCAAGAGCAUCGCCUUCAGUGCCAUCUCCACUGGUAUCUAUGGAUAUCCAAGUGACGAUGCUGCAUAUGCUGCGCUUUCGGAAGUCAGGUCGUUCCUAGAACAGCCAGAAGGUGAUAAGAUAGAGAAGGUCAUCUUUUGCAAUUUUAUGCAAAAGGAUGUCGAUGCAUACAAUGAAAUCAUGCCAUACGUGUUCCCACCCACCAAGGACGAUAUGGAGAGUAAAGUUCGAAGCUCUUCGCAAGAAAACAGCCAAGCUGCAGCACAGACUCAGGAUGGCCUAUCUGCCGGGAAAGCAACCGAAGCACACCCGUCAGAUGUUCCAGCAGUAUCUGCUACGAUGCCGUUGGCUGAGCAUGAAAUCGAGACAAUUGUCAUGCCUAAGCAGAAUCACGAAGAAGGCACACAGAAUGUAGUCAUGGAAGGUAGAGCGGCGGCUCUCGACCCUGUUGACGAAAUUGCUAGGGCUGCUGCGACCUCGGUGUUCAUCACACAAGCUGUCAUGCCAGGCCAGUCAGAGCACUCCACCUGCAAGAAGGACCAACAGCAAGAAGAUGUUUCUCAAGAGGAUAAGCAAGACCCUUUCGAAAGAAUACUACGAGGUUACGGCACCUGCAUCGAUACGUCUGUUAAACCUGCUUUGGAUGACAAAAUAGAGUCAGAGGCACAAGUACCAAAGACGCCUUCUGACUCAGAACUGAAGGAGAGAUCUGACCGUUUCGCCGCUUGUCGUAGGGUAAUCGCGAUGCUAACGCCCCCUCCUAAAUUUGCAACGAAUGCAGUGGCUGGAGAUGACAUGCGAGGUAAUUUGGACUGCAAUGGUGACAGCUCUUUACCAACACCUGCUGCUUCCCAAGGUAGCCGUGCUCAGCCAAUUGAUAAAGACGACGAGGGUGAAGUUGUUGUCAAGGAGCUGAUUUCCGAGAAGGAGAAAAUGUGA